AUGCCCCCCCUGCCGAAGUUAUCAACAGUAAUAACCUGGUUCCUAUACUCAAUUCCGAUUUACAUAUUCAUCCUCGAUCCACUACUCCGCGGAUUCUUUCCGGGUCUCCUUCCGGCCUCGGACUCCUCGGACUCCGAACCCAGAUCCAAUAAAGACAUCUUCGAUUUCAGGGAUGCAGCUGCGAUAGGACCUGGCCUAAAUCUUACCGAUGAUAGUUUCAUUAGUCCGGAAGAUGACGUGCCAUUCGAUUGUCCCAAUGCCGAGGACUAUCGUGUUCACCUCCUAUCGCGCACACCGUUGGUGAUGUACAUUGAGAAUUUUGUUAGUGAAGCCGAAGCGAAUCAUCUACUGGAUGUCAGUAUCCCAAACUACAAACCCUCCAUCCUCUACGACGGCCACACAGAACGUAUAGACCCAUCAAAACGCCUCUCAGACCGCGCCCUCCUAGACCGCGACAAUACAGUACGCUGCCUUGAAGACCGCGCGCGCGCCUUCCAAGGCUGGCGCCCGAACCUAUUUAUCGAGCGCAUGUGGGCCCAGCGAUAUAACACUUCCGGCCACUACCGGCAUCACUAUGACUGGACGGGAUCGCUGGCGCGCGGGGGGGGACCGGCUGAGUUGAAGAUGCCGCGGUCGAGGGAGUGGUGUCGGUUCUUGGAGUGCGAGAACCCGGAUGGGAAGGAGGAGAAGAAGGAGGUGCCGGAGGGAAUCACGUUCAAGCCCAUUAAGGGGAAUGCGGUUUUCUGGGAGAAUCUAAGACCUGAUGGGUCUGGAUACCCUGAGACGUGGCAUGCUGCUUUCCCUGUUACGGAGGGGACGAAGGUUGGGUUGAAUAUUUGGAGUUGGUAUCAACCUGGCAGGCGGUAG